CCCUGACCGGCUAGGCGGCGCCAUGUUUCAAGGGCAGCGGGGCUGGUUCUGCCGCAGCGUCAGCGGGAACCUGAGGCAAUUCUGGGUGGCCGAAGGGGGGACGAUCAGUGACCUGAGGGCCGCCGACUUCCUGUUCAGCUGCGAUGCUUCGCACCCGGACACGCUGAGAGUCUAUCAGAGCCUCGAUUACAUAGAUGAUAAUGCUACCGUUUUUCAUGCCUACUAUCUCUCUGCAGUAGCUAAUGCUGAAAUUAAAAAUUCAGUGGCUCUAGGUCAUUUCGUUCUUCCUCCUGCAUGCCUGCAAGAAGAAAUAAGAAGAAAAAUUGGUAGUUUUAUUUGGGAACAAGACCAACAUUUUCUGAGAGAAAAGCAUGAUGAAGUAAUGUCAAAUGAAAGAAACAUCCUUAAGGAAAACAGUGAACUGGCCACAGAUCACAAAAAAGAAUUAUCCAAAAGCACAAAAAAGCAUUUUAUAAGGACUCCAGUUACAGAAAAGCAGAUGUACUGCCCUCUUCAGAAUUAUCCAGUGAACAACAUGGUAACAGGCUAUAUAUCAAUUGAUGCCAUGAAGAAAUUCCUUGGGGAGCUACAUGACUUUAUUCCUGGAAGUUCAGGAUAUUUGGCAUACCAUGUUCAAAAUGAAAUUAAUAUGUCUACCAUAAAAAACAAAUUGAAGAGGAAAUAAAUUAAAUUGUCCUUGUAUCUGG